AUGGAGGCCUCAGGCUUGGAGCUGGCCCUGGCGGGGGAGCGCGCAUGCAAGGCGGGGGACUUCACGGCCGGGGUGGCCUUCUUCGAAGCUGCCGUGCAGGUGGGAACGGACGAUCUCAAGACACUGAGCGCCAUCUACAGCCAGCUGGGCAACGCCUACUUCUACCUGAAAGAAUAUGCCAAAGCACUGGAGUUCCACAGGCACGACCUCACCCUCGCCAGGACCAUCGGGGACCGCAUCGGAGAGGCCAAAGCCAGCGGGAACCUUGGCAACACGCUGAAAAUCCUGGGGCAGUUUGACGAGGCCGUCGUCUGCUGCCAGAGGCACCUAGACAUCUCGCAGGAGCAAGGAGACAAGGUGGGGGAGGCCAGAGCGUUGUACAACAUCGGAAACGUUUACCACGCCAAGGGCAAGCAGCUCUCCUGGAGCUGGCCCCAGGAGCCGGGGCAGCUGCCUCAGGAGGUCCAAGAGGCGUUAGAGAGGGCAUCGGAAUUCUACGAGAGGAAUCUGUCUCUCGUCAAGGAGCUGGGGGACAGGGCCGCUCAGGGCCGCGCAUACGGCAACCUGGGCAACAGCCAGUAUCUGCUCGGCAACUUCGGCAGAGCCGUCAUCUUCCACAAGCAGCGGCUGGCCAUCGCCAAGGAGUUCGGGGACAAAUCCGCCGAGAGGAGGGCCUACAGCAACCUGGGCAACGCCCACAUCUUCCUCGGGAGGUUCGACAUCUCAGCCGAGUACUACAAGAAGACGCUGCAGCUCUCCCGGCAACUGAAGGACCACGUCAUGGAGGCGCAGUCGUGCUACAGCCUGGGAAACACGUACACCCUCCUCCAGGACUACGAGAAAGCGAUCGAGUACCACCUGAAGCACCUCGCCAUCGCCCAGGAGCUUGGCGACCGGGUGGGAGAAGGGCGAGCCUGCUGGAGUUUGGAAAAUGCCUACAUGUCCCUUGGGAAGCGCGAGCAGGCGCUGGCCUUCGCAGAGAGGCAUCUCGAGAUCUCCCAAGAGACUGGAGACCUCAGCGGGGAGCUCACGGCACGUGCAACCGUCUCGCAGCUGGGCCUGAAGCACACGGGGGAGGAGUCGGAGGCGCCUGGCUUUGAAGGGCAGGGCCAGCGUGGGCUCUGUGUCCCCAGCUUCCUGUUUGGGGAGGCCACGAUGCCGGGCGGCCACGUCGUGCCCACGGAGCACCUCCAGAAGCACUCGGCUGCGCACAGCAGCCUGCCUGCAUGGAGAGUUGGCUGCUGCCCUGCAGAAAGUCUUGCCACAAGGAAGGCUUUAUCUGGGUUGUUUACGCACCACCAAGGAGACCAGGGUCAGCAAGCUCCACCCCGUGGGCAGGGCAGCCUGCCAGCUGGCCUGGGGAACAAGAGGCACUUGUCCCAGCGGCAGCGGGGCUGCCUGCGCGGCUCCCGUCCUCGGGCUCCGUGGCCGUCCGGGGUGGGCAACAGGCGGACCCCCUUCACUGCGAUUCCACUCUGGAGGCGAGGUGGAAGCACCCAAUGGGCCAGGCCAAAGCGGAUCCAGAGGAACAGCAUGAGCAACCUUGACCUCCUGACACUCCCUUCCGAAAAGGACCAGAAUGGAGUGACCCAUCACAGGGGAGAGCUCAAGCUCGCUGGGAAAGAUUUCUUGCCGCUGCCCAUCAGAUCCCACAAAUACAGGGAAAGCCAGUCCAUGCUGGAAGGAAGGCCUCCGGAGCCCAGCGCGUCCCCCCUGGAAACCAGCGAUGUCUGUCUCCAGCUGUCGCAGCUGAAAAUCAAGCGGGUCCCUUUGGAGGAAGAGUGCUUCUUUGACCUGUUGAGCAAAUUCCAGAGCAACCGAAUGGAUGACCAGCGCUGCACGCUGGACGAGUCCCAAAAGGAGCUGGAUGAAGCGGCUGCCACGCACACACCUGUUCUGGAGGAGAGGCUGUCCCAGUCUUUGUCCGUGGCCUCUCCACAGACUGAGGAGCUCUUCGACCUCAUCGCCAGCUCCCAGAGCCGGCGGCUCGACGACCAGCGGGCCAGCGUGGGGAACCUGCCAGGCCUGCGCAUCACGCACAACAACCUGGACCACCUGCGCAAGGAACCAGGUGACGCUCAGGAGCCGGGCGAUGAGUUUUUCAACAUGCUCAUGAAAUGCCAGUCAUCCCGAAUCGACGACCAGCGCUGUGCUCCGCCGAACUCAGUCCCCCGCGGCCCCACCGUGCCGGACGAGGACUUCUUCAGCCUCAUCCAGCGGGUCCAAGCCAAGCGCAUGGAUGAGCAGAGGGUGGAUCUGGCCUCAGCACAGGAGGAGGAGGAGGAGGGCGGGGAGGCGGAGGGCGGGGAGCAGGCACCUGAUCAGCAGCAGAGACCCAGCUUCAGCUAA